AUGAUCGUUGCGACCACGACGCUGGUGAUAAGCGCGCCAUAUUUCAUGCCCUACCCAGGUUACAGCGGGAACCUCAGCGUUUCGGGCACGGUGCAGAUCAUGGCCGCGGACGACGAUGCAACAAGCCAGACCCUCACGUGGUAUUUGCAGGGCAUCGACGCCGCCUGUACGGCGGGCGCCGGAGACGACGUGACCAAUGGUUGUGGCAUUCACGUGCACCAAGGAACUUCUUGCGCCGUCGCUGAUGACGUUGGAGGCCAUUACUACAGCAGCGAUAUCAGCACUGAUCCCUGGUUGGACGUCGUGUACGUCGCGGGCGCGAACUCCUCGCAGUCGUCGGGCAGCGCGACGGUAGCGACAGGGCUGACACUCUCGGAGAUGGAGGGCAGGGUCUUUGUGGUGCACGAGCUCGCGGGGGGAGGUCGUGUCGCCUGCGGCAUCCUCUCUGGCUCGUCGCUGACGGCGGGUCUGAGCACGCUGUCGACCUAUCCGGGCUACACAGGGGAAUACACCAGUGUAUCGGGGACGGUGACAAUCAGAGCCGCUACUGACGAUUCUGCACUGCAGAACCUCGACUGGGACCUGGAGGGUAUCGACCCCAGCUGCACGUUGGGCGCAGGAGACGACGUGACCAAUGGCUGUGGCAUUCACGUGCACGAAGGGACUUCCUGCGAUGUCGCCGCUGAAGUUGGAGGCCAUUUUUACAGCAGCGAUAUCAGCACGGAUCCUUGGGCGAACGUUGUGUACGUCGCAAGUGGAACCGCAUCGUCGGGCAGCACAACAGUAAUAACCGGACUGACACUCUCGGAGCUCGUUGGGAGGGCCUUUGUGGUGCACGGGCUCACGAGCGGCGUGCGCAUCGCAUGUGGUAUCCUCCAGGCCGCUCCCACAAUGUUGUCAGUGAGCAGUGGAAUCGGUCAGUACCCUGGAUACGAAGGAGGCCUCAAUGUGACUGGAGUCGUGACCCUCACGGGAGACACGACACAGACUCUCCAAUGGGACCUUGCAGGCUUGGACACAGCAUGCAUGUCCGGCGCAGGAGACGAUGUGACCAACGGCUGUGGCAUCCACGUGCACGAAGGCAUGUCUUGCGAUGUCGCCGACGACGUUGGAGGCCAUUACUACAGCAACGAUCGCAGCACGGAUCCUUGGGCGGACGUCGUGUACGUUUCGGACAAUUCGGGAAUGUCCUCUUCGAAGACGACGGUGGACACCGGAUUGAUGCUUUGGGACCUUGUAGGCCGGGCGUUCGUGAUCCACGAGCUCACCAGCGGCCGCAGGAUCGCGUGCGGCGUGCUGGUGGCGGGCGAGAUGGCGAGUGCGGUCUCUUUCGAGAGCUACCCAGGCUACACAGGCAGCCUUAGCGUCGCAGGCACGGUCAGCAUAGCCAGCUCGGGCGUCGCCUCCCAGGUCCUGACGUGGGACCUCACGGGCGUGGACUCCGAGUGCACCGCCGGCGCUGGGGACGAGGUGGCGAACGGGGAUCCACCUGCGCCGAACACAGCGAGCCUCAGCUCGGAUCCGUGGGCCGACGUCGUCUACGUCGCGGACGCCUCUGGAACCUCGACGGGCGCUGCGGAGGUCGCCACUGGCCUUACGCUCGCCGACCAGGUGGGCAAGGCCUUCGUGGUUCACGCCCUCACAGGGGGGGCCCGGGUCGCCUGCUCGCUUGUGGGCGCGGAGGAGGAGGACCAUGAUGCC